AGCCCCGAGUCGCUCCGUAUCGCCUGCCUACGGGCGCCCCGGGCGCCAAAAACCUACCUCGGGCGCGUGCAGAGAACACAGCUGGCCUCCCGAGCUCGGAGAUUGCAGCGAAAUCGCCGCGGCGGCGAGCGAGCCAGCGAUUCCCAGGAGCCAGGGGCUGGCCUGCAUACGAAUUGACGCGGCCGGCCGUGGCCGGCCCCGCUGGCGCAAGCGUCCCUCGGCUCUGACAGGCUGUCCCAAAAGGCGCGAGCCGCCGAAACCCUCAACCUGACUCGUUUCCCGCGCCGACCCGAACGCUCUGAGCUCGCCUCUCGCUCGUAAAACCCGGCCUAGCCAUGGACGACUCGACCCAGUCCUUGAGAGCCGCGGACCCCCUCCAGCAGGCCGCCGCGGCGCGGCGCGCGCGGUCCGUCACGCCGUCUUCCACGGACGGCUCGCCGCGGCGCCGCUCGAGGCUGGGUACCCCACCACCGUCGCCGGCGCGAGCGACCCCAUCACCCGCGCAAGGGUUUGACGACUCCCUCACGGCGGCGCAGCACAACAGCGCCGGCGGCGAGACGGCGUCGUCGCCGUCGCGCCACACGUCCGACGACGAGUUCGACCUCGACGAGAUCUUCGCGAGCAAUCCUUCCACUCCGAAGGGCCGCUACGCGAAGUGGCUGCGGGCCUCGGGCCCCAUUACUAUCCGCCGUAGCAAGGAGGAGCACCCUCCCUCUCCGUCCGUGUCGUCCUCGUCCUCCUCGUCACCGAGGCAUUGGCCGGGCAGUUCUGAGCUCGACGAGUUGCAUGGACGAGCCAAGACGCGGCGACCGUUGCCGGAACGUAUUGUUGGAGACGGCUGCGCGUUGCCCGAAUUUGAUUAUGCGACACUCGGCGAGGUCGACGAGCCGAUGGCCUCCGGGAAACAAGCUUUCGUCUAUGAGGUCACCGUUCAUAGAAAACGAGCUGCGUUGAAGGUCAUGCGGCGCGAAUUGGCGGAAGUUGUUGCUGAAAGGAGAGCCUUCGUGCGAGAAUGUCACUUGCUCGCGCGCAUCAAGCACGCGCACAUCGUACCCUUGUACGGCGUGUCGACGACUUUGAGCGGACUGCCCUGCGUUUUGUUAAGGUGGUGCGACAACACGGUCAUCCGGUCCUUGCGUCUGGACGAGGUCGGCCACGACCCGGAGGUUAGAGCGACCGUCAAAAGGGAGUGGCCCUCUCGAGAAAGGUUACGACUCAUGGGCGAGCUCGCCGACGCCCUGGACCACCUGCACACGCGCGCGAUUUUGGGAGCCCACGUGGCACACAGAGACGUCAAGCCUCCCAAUUUUGGCCUGACCGCCACCCGCUCUUUGGUGCUCUACGACUUCGGUCUCUCCGUCGCGUUGCUCGCCAAACAUAGCACGAGGGGAGACACCUUCGAGCUGACGGGCGAUACCGGUACCAGGAGGUACAUGUCGCCCGAGGUCGCCGAGGGCAAGCCGUAUGGUGUUAGCGUCGACGUCUACGGCUGGGCCAUCUGCGCGCACGAGAUCUUUCACCUAAGGGGCAAGCCCUUUCAUGGGUUGUCGGUCUCGCAGCACACGGAGCGCGUCGUGCGGAACGGGGCUAGACCGGUGAUUCCCUCGACCUGGGACCACCGGCUGAUCGAGCUUUUUCCUUCCGCUUGGGCGACGGCCGAUAGACGCUGCGACGCCGCGCGGUGCCGCGACGUCUGUAGGGAUAUUGUCGCUCAUCCUGGCCCCGAGGACCCGCUGUCGACGAAGCUCCUGCCGACGUGCCAGUGCGCCAUCUCAUAGUAGAAUCACACGGAAUUUGGAAACCACAUGAACUAACUAGCCCUCGCUGUGGGCGCUGUGACCAAGGAUACGCCUUGGAAACCACAUGAUAAUGAUGCCCGCGCCGCGUGUGGCGCGGGGCUUACCAUCACCACCCCC